UAGAAAGGUUGCUCAAACUUUUCUUUGUUGUUUGCCAAACUCCAAACUUUUUCAGUUUUUCUCUUUCUUUCUCGCGGGAAAAUAAAAAGUAUAUUUUUAUCACAUAUUUAUUGGUUUAAUAAACUAAAAACAGAAAAUUGUAUCUGGCACUAAACAGAAACAACACCAAAAAAGUCUAAUAUCAAACUUUUUUUAUUCAUUUCUUUUCUGGGGUUUCAUUCUUUCUUUCCCUAUUACUUUCUUCUAAGACAAUAUUGCAGAAAAAAGGUGAGACCACAGAGUAAUGUUGUUGUUGUACGAUUUUAUGCUGGGGACAAAGCAGGCUGUAGUGUUUUGCCUCUGAUAUUAUGGCUGAGGCUAACUUUGAAAUCCCUUUAGCAACCCUCGAGCCUGAAAGUAGUUGUGUUCAAAGGCAAGCAAACAAAAAUAUACACCCCCCAAAUAGUAUGACCGUUCCUUCUCGUUAUCUUAAAGCAUCAACUGGUUCCUGCCAUGAUUUUUGCAAAUAUGGAAGAAAACAUGAAGCUGAAGCCAAAUCAUGGGUUCCAAUACGAAAAUUUAUAGCAGCAAGACGAGGCGCAGGUAAUGAUCAAACAGCUGUUUCAGCAGAAAGCAAGAUAAAGUUUAAGAUUAGCUCUAAGAAUGAAGUUCUCUCUUUGAAUGAAGACUUGUCUGCCCUUGAAGGCACAGAUAUUUCUGUAGUAGAAGAUCCUAACAAACCAAAUUUGAAGCCAAAGCAUUCAAACUCUUCUUCUCUCCCAGGGCAUGGUUGUCCAAUCAAUGAAAGAAACUACAGAACCAAAGAAAGCAAGGCAUCACUAGAAGGUCAAAACAGUAGAAUAAGCAAGAACAGAAGCAAAGAAAUGAGGACAUCUUUACCAGGUGAGAGAAAGAUUUUGAUUCCUCCAACUUUUCCUUUAUCUCCCAAGCCUUCUGCCAGGAGAGUUCCCAGCACCAUUACUCGAACAAGCCAAUACAAGACUAAAGAUGCAGAACCUGAGCAUGUUCCUGAAAAGAUUUUAUACAUCGUUGAGUCAACUAUAGAGAACACAACCUCAGAGCCAACACAAAAUGGUAAGCAUACCUUUCACUUGUCACCAUCCUCAACUAGUACAACUCAAUCGACUUUAUCCUCUCAGAAAAGUUCAAGAUACUCUAGUUCUGGAAUGCAUGUCUCCCAGUUACCACCUUCUAUAUUGUCCUCUAGGAACAAAGGCCUCAGACGUGCAAGGAACAAAACUAAUAUUGCAAAACAGCCUCUGUCUUCAUUGCAGUCAUCAUCAUCACCACCAUUAUCACCCACGUCUCCCUCUAAGAAGCCCGAUAGCAAAGAAAAUGCUGUCACCUCUCCGCAUCAGACAAAGGUGGUAACUGAGACGAAGAAAACCAAUUUGCUAGCAGACUAUAGAAUCAGGGCUCGAAGGGCUGGAAAACUGGCUUCGGAAAACAAAAGCAGUCCUGUUCAAAAGGUGAAGUUCAGGAGAGGAACAAUACUAGACCUUAAACAGGAGAACAAUACUCCUAGGAGACUCAAAUUUAGGCGAGUAAAAUUUCUUCGAGAGAUCCAAAGUGGAAAAGAAGACAACACAAAGGAAAGAGUCAAAGGAAAUGUAGGGACUGAAUCUGAGUUCAGCACUAUAACAAAACAAGAGAAAGUUGUCACAAAAAUAAAAAAUGUAGAAAGUAAAGGUACCACCAUUAAAAGAAGCUUGAGGAAGAAGGAAUCUAAUGAAAGUGAGUUGAUUGGUACCAAAACAAAUUCAGAGAAUGUUGUUUUAAGACACCAAAACAUGGAAGGUACCACAAGGAGAAGAAACUUUAGGAGAAAAGAUGCUAAUGGGAGCGAGCUGGCUGGUACUAAAAUGAAUUCGGUGAAAGUUGUUUUGAGACACCAAAAUGUGGCAGGAAAGAAAAUAGUUCAGAGUUUGUUCAAUAAUGUGAUUGAAGAGACAGCAAGUAAGCUUGUUGAGAGUAGAAAGAGCAAAGUUAAGGCACUGGUUGGCGCUUUUGAGACUGUGAUCUCUCUUCAGGACAGCAAUCCCUCAGCCACAUCUGAUUCAAGUUGAGUUUCAAAGAGGUCUGUUACCUUGUUUUUAUUCAAUUUUAAAUCUAUAGCUAUUCUGUACAUAUUUUAUGAAAACACAAUCAAUACCAAAACUCAAAAAAGCAAAUAAGAAAAUGAAAAAACAAUAUUGUUGGAGUUGUGACAUGUUUUUCAAGCUUUGUGAAGUCUGCAAAGGUUUGAAUUGCAUACUUGGAAAGCCAUUCAACCAAGCUAAGGGGGUUCUUCGGGGGGAGUUUAGAUUAUUUAUUAUUGUAUGUAAUACUACAAGGAUUGCUGGUUGCUCAAAUUUGUGUUUGUUUUAUUUUUAUUUUUUGUUCUGCCGAUGUUUUCUAUUUAUUCAGUUUGUUCUGUAUUGAAGAGAGCAUAAUGCUUAUAUGUAUGGCAUAUUGUGAAAAAUAAAUUGGUAUAUAUCUACACCAUAUAUAUUAAAUGUGGAUGAAUACUUCUUAUAAUGACAAAUAGUUUGUCCUUUA